GGGUUAAUACCCGCUACAAUGUUUGCUUAACAAUUUACCUGACCCAAAAAAUCAAAACCGAUCUUAAAAUAACCUUUACAUAGGAAUAAACGCAAAGAAUGACUGAUAAGCUGACAGAAAGCUUUAUGAAAAGGAGACGACUAUAUUUAGCCGGUCUGGCUGGUCUAGGCCUUAUAAUUCUGGUAUCGAUCUACAAAUGUGGCGGCGAAAGUUCUCAGGUAUCAGAAAAUCAAGACUGUUUCUUUUGUGAUUUCGCCCACCACAGAAAAGGACCUCCUCCAGUUUUGGAGGUAGAAACGGAUGAGUACGUCAUCUUCAAGGACAAGUAUCCUGCGGCCCAGCAUCACUACCUGGCGAUUCCGAAGGAGCAUUUCGACAGCUUAAAGGCACUCAACAGAUCUCACCUGGGACUGGUGCAACGUAUGGAGGCGGGUAUGGUUGACUUCCUCAAAUCAAAGAAUAUAGAUCCGACCAAGGCAACUAUUGGGUUUCAUAUGCCCCCAUUUAUUUCGGUCCGCCACCUUCACCUCCAUGCAAUAUAUCCCCCAUCCGAUAUGAACAUCGGGAACCAGAUCAGCUUUAUGUCAUCUUUCUGGUUUAAAAAGUCCGGGGACGCAAUUCAAUAUUUGAAAUCACGGGAUCUCUGAAAGGGUUUAAUACUUAACCUGUGACUAAAGAUUGAUGAACCAAGCUGUGACUGGCCGCCAGUGAUAACAAGGCUCAGGGUACAAUCGAGGAUUGUGUAAAUUUGCAAAGCUAUAAAAAAUUAAUAAAUAUUUGCAAUUUAUUAUAACGUA